UACGCAAACACGAGCUUUGCAACUAAUCGUGCUCACUUUUAUGACACAUACUUGAUCAAAUAGCAAUAUUUUAUUUGGCAAACGUUAAUCUUCAUGUGAAUAUUACAUUUUAUUAUGACUUAUAUAGGAGAAAGGUAAUUGAAAGACGAUAAUCAUAUUUUUAUACAAUAAAUGAUAACGAAAUUUUCACAAAUGUAAAAAUGAGAAAUGCCGGCUUAACAGGAAAACGCAAACCAGCCAUCUCAGUGAGUGGAUAAAAAGAGCGUGUUCCGUAUGAACGUUAGACUAUAUUAAGGCUUUAGCCUUUAUGGCCAGCUCUAGGUGUACACUUAAAAAACGGGAAACGUGCACAGAAGAUAAAGAGCGGAUAAAACGAAACUGUAAGUCAUUGUUAUUCGUUUAAAUAAGUAAAUACACGUUCGCCCCAAGAAUCAGCGUGGUACGACUUGAUGCGGUAUUGCGCAAGAUGAUCUGCAUAUGACACCCAAGUACCGUGAGAGAAUUGAAACCACAAGUUUUGACUCAUUGUCGCGGUACCGUGAUGUCAUACGCAGAUCGGUCAGUGCAGCUGCGCGUGAAGUCGAACACGUCUUCAGCCUUAUUUAACAAGCGGGAGGGACUUUAAUUAUCCAACUCAACGACCAAUUAGUAAUUAUAUCACUCCCUGAAUAUAUGCUUAAUUGUUCAUUUAAAGGAUCGGAAGUGGACUGGGGCUCGCUUAGUUGAUGCGGGGUUUUAUCUUGCAGAUUUGGCUCUUUUAAGUUUACCGAGGAUGAUGACAGAAAGUUUGAUAUUGCAUCUCCUACUCCUGACUUUAACAGUAAAGUUUAGUGAUGUGAGGUACUCUCCGCGGAGCUCUGAGCCCCGUAUACACUAUCCAUCCAGUCAGUCGCAGAUGAGCGAACAUUUACCGUUAAGGAAACCCUCAAACCAAGUUAAAGAUUCACUGGGGAGACACAUUACGCGUGUUAAAACUGUAACCGUUACUUGCCACGAGCAUUAUAUGGAAAUUGCUAUUAAAGCGGAUCUUUUUCAUGUUGGUCUACCCGUGGAUGCUGCCGAGCUGCGGCUGGGCCUCGACACUCAAACCAUACCUGCGUGCAAAGUGAGGGCGUUCUCGAAUGACACGUACAUUAUAGCUGCUGAACUCACUGACUGUGGCACUCAACACUGGAUUACAGACGACUCCCUUAUUUACACCAACUUCCUCAUCUUCUCUCCACAACUAUCUCCAGACGGGGUGAUUCGUCUGGAGGAGUCUGUGGUUCCGAUUGAAUGCUAUUAUAGCAGGAAGUUUGACGUAACCAGUAACACCAUCAGACCAACGUGGAUUCCCUACGGCUCAACACAAUCUGCAGUGGAAGACUUGCAGUUUUCAUUAAAACUAAUGACAACUGAUUGGCACAAUGAACGGGCAUCUUCUGUGUAUUUCCUGGGUGACAUCAUAAACAUGGAGGCUUCUGUUCGGCAAUAUCAUCACACUAACCUCCAUGUAUAUUUUGAGAGCUGUGUUGCUACAGUGACUCCUGAUGUUAACUCUGUUCCAAGAUACACAUUUAUUGAAAACCAUGGGUGUCUUACGGAUGGACAGCUAACAGGCUCAAAAUCUCGCUUCCUGCCCAGAAUUCGGAAUGACAAACUUCAACUCCAGCUCGAUGCCUUCAAGUUCCACAAAGAGGAGAGGCCAGAGAUAUACAUCACUUGUACUCUUCAAGCUUACCCUGUUAUGGAUGCAGUUAAUCCCACUUAUAAAGCAUGUUCCUUCAUCGACGGAAGCUGGAAGUCUGCAGAUGGAGGUGAUUGGGCUUGUUACAGCUGCCAAAGACGGAAGGAGUUUGCUCCAUCUUUCCGCUCUACACAGGAACAAUCUGGGCCCCCUUCUGAUCCCACACCAGACCAGGCCUCAUCUGCCCAAAGGCUCAUGAAAUUCCAACCCAGAAUACAAGCAGGUUCCGCAGAUUCUGUUAAAUCCGUGCAAACAUCAAGAGAGGCUGCUCCUUCCUGGACAAGUAUAAUUAUCCCUCAGGAGGAAGAGAGUGAAUCAGUGGGAUGGGAACAGGAAAAAACUCUGGGUCCACUGGCCAUAUUUCCAAAGAAAACCAAAAUGGGAUUUUUGCCUCCCCCUCGAGUGAAGGAGGGAGUCCCUCCCUUGCCUUCUCUCCAAGACAAGACACCAAUGCCUCAUAACAUUAUAUGGACAAAUGGUGUCACAGCAGAGAUGGACUCUGAAGGGAAUGUUACUCAUCCCCCCUCUUUGGAACCCACUGAAAAACCGGAGAAGGAAAAGGAUGACAAUGACUACAACGAUGAGGAUGAGGAUAAAGAUGAUUAUGGUGAUGCAAGCAAUGCUGCAGAUAACUACUCUGAAGAAGAGAAAAAUGCUGGAGAAGAUGGUAGAGGCCUGUGGAAAACUAAAGACCUACCAGAAGAUUUUGAAGGGAUGUUUACAACUCGUGCCCCGGCCAUGCUCAAUGAUAGACGCUUUGAAGUGCAUGCACUGGGCAUAAACCCUUUACCACUGGAUGAUGUGGAGCCAGCUGAUGCUUAUCACCUUUCUAAGGACUCCUGAACUCCUUUAAUCUAAAGGCUGUAGAUACUGCUAGAUAUUACAUUUGAUCGAACUGUGGUGGAGUAAAACCAUGCUCAAGACAAUCAUGAGAUGUAAUACAUUUUCACCAUUUUGAUCUAGUUUCAGAAAUAAAUUACGGUUUAAUUUA